AUGGCGGUUCACGGCGGAGGAGAACGCGGUACUGAACGGCGCGGAAGCACAGAUCGAGAUCUGGCUAACUCGAGGUUCACAAAUGCUGAUGAUGGAAUGAGCGACGAAAUCGUGUCGGUGGAGGAAGCAGAAGCGAUGGAUUCGUCCGCCGCAGAUGCGGACAUAGAUGCAGAAGCAGCGGUGAGGAUUGUUGACGGGAUAGGGUCGUUUGGCGCAAUUGAAUUUUCUUCCCUAACACCCAUGGACGUCUUUACGACGGAGUUCACAAGCCUACAGGCAGCUUAUGACUACUACAACAAAUACGGUCGCAUCAAGGGAUUCUCGGUCAGGAGGUCCAAGGUGGGUCGCAGAACAAAGCAGGCGGCGGAGGGCGAAAUCAUUUGGCAGAUAUUUGUGUGCUCGAGGGAAGGCGAGCGAGAUGGGAAACACAUGCAGCGGGAAGACAGGAAGAUGGAUCCUCGACCGAUCACGCGGUGCGGGUGUGAAGACCGGAUUAAGGUCCACGUUGAUGAUGCCAGCGGGCGAUGGUUUGUUGAACAAUUCUAUGACAACCAUAAUCAUCCCAUGCUGGAUGCGAGGUUUAGAGGUCUGUCGCGGUCACACAGAGCAGUCAAGGAAAGCGAUUUGCACCAAAUCAAUUCCAUGAGGAAAUCUGGGUUGCGGAAGCCGACGAUUUUCCAUGCCUUUGCCAAUCAGUCGGGAGGAUUCGAGACUGUAGGGUUCGAGAUAAAGGACAUAUAUAAUGCGAUAGAGAAGCAAAGGCGGGCUGGCGCGACAGAUGCCGAGGUCGCGUUGAAGUUCUUGGGAACUUUAAGGGCCACUGAUAAUGGGAUGUUCUGGAAGUACUCGCUGGAUGUUGACAAGAGGCUGGAAAAUCUCUUCUGGUACGAUGGUACAAGUCGUUAUGACUACAUCGUUUUUGGGGCUGUCCUGGGUUUUAAUGCAACGUACGGUCGUAACAAAUACAAGUUCCAUUUGGUAAUAUUCUCAGGGGUUGACCAUCAUAUGAGGACGGUGGUGUUUGGCUGCGCCAUCUUGAGCAACGAGAGCGAAGGAAGCUACGUGUGGUUGUUGCGGUCAUUUCUUGAGGCAAUGAAAGAAAAACAGCCGAAGUCUGUCAUCACGGACGGGGACCUCGCCAUGAAGAGUGCGGUUAGCACAGUUUUCCCCGGUGCACAUCACAGGUUGUGUAGCUGGCAUUUGCUAAGGAACGCCACUGGUAGAGUUGGACGGCCAUGUUUUCUGAGGAAAUUCCGUCUAUGCCUCAUGGGAGAUCUAGAGGUCGACGAAUUUGAGAUAAUAUGGAUGGAUAGCAUGGCCGACCACGGGUUGGAGGAUCAUCCGUGGAUAGUGGACAUGUAUGCCAAGAAGCAUUCAUGGUCUAAUGCCCAUAUCCGGGGGAACUUCUUCGCAGGACUGAAGACGAGAUCGAGGUGCGAGGCGUUAAAUAUGCAGCUUCAAAAAUUUAUACACAACGGGUACAAUCUGAUGGAGUUUGUGGAGCACUUCCAACACUAUUUGGAGUUCAUGAGGAGGAGAGAACUAGUGGUAGACUACAAGUCUGCGUACGGCGAGCCUGUUGUAAAGACGAAACUCGAGGCCAUUGAGCUGUUCGCUGCGACGGUUUAUACAAGAGAGGUUUUCGAACUGUUUCGGGAGGUGCUGAUGCUAGCCAGCAAUGUUAGAGUUGUGUCUACCAAGAGAACGAGCACUUGUGUUUUGUUCGAGAUUGCAAUGUACUGCAAGCAGAGAUCAUGGGCCAUGUCGUGGGCCGAGGAAGAUGACGAAUUCAGCUGUUCUUGUCAGCGGAUGGAGUCCUUUGGGCUUCCUUAUGUCCACAUGGUUGGGGUUCUGGUUUAUCUGAACAUGACAGCUAUCCCCAGAAGCCUAAUACUUGAACGGUGGAUGAAGAGGGCAAAGCAGCCGCGUGCACCCAACGAAGGAGUACGUGUUGGGGAGAUCCCAGACGCGGCAUACAUGAGCAUGCACGCGGCGAUGCUGGAUGAUUGCAGGGAGCUGGUGAGCUUCUCUUGCCAAUUCUUCGAGGACUACGUGAAUGUGAAAACAAGGUUGGCAAAGGAGCGCCAAUCCUUGCGGGAGAAACAUCGCUAA